GGCGGCGUCCGCCGCUAAUGCACUCGACUGUCCUUUACGAGCCGGCUUUACUCAACUCAAUUAGCCGUGACACACUUUACCCCCGAUCUCCCGCCUUCCGCCCCGUGUGGCUGCCUGGAUUAAGUCGUCCCGGCUCGCAAAGCACUUCCAUGACAGCACACGGGGCUCUUCUCUCUACGUCUUUACCCGAUAAGCAUUCAGAUAUGACCGCGGGUGCUGUACUUUCCGCCGACCCCUCCGUGCCGGUCCCCCAGAGGGAGCUCGUUUAUAACGGACUGCUGCCUUACGCCGAGCGGCUGGACCGGGAAGCCUCGGAAUUCUUGGCGGACAUCAAGGCGAACUUGUCUCGGGCUGUGCUCCUCCGGGAACUCUGGCCCGGGGUCGUCUUCUGGUGCAGGAAGCUCUUCUCGUUCCUAAAGCUCUACGGCCGCAGGUUCAGCAAGGACGACCACGUUCUGUUCGCCAAGCUGCUCUACGAGUUGGUCACUCUGCCGGGCCUGGAGCCCCACAUGAUGCAGAACUACGCCCGGCUGCUCAUUCAGCUGCUCAAGAAAAAGGAACUGCUUUCAAGGGAGGAUCUCCAGUUGCCGUGGAGACCGCUCCACCAGCUCUACGAGAAGGUGGUCCACUCCAAAACGGAGCAUCUCGGACUCGUUUGGUUCCCCAACUCAGUGGAUCACAUUAUGAAGGCUUUGGUCAAAAGUUGCAGACCGUACUUCCCGGCCUCCUCCACCAAGGAGAUGCUGGAGGAGUGGCGCCCCCUGCUGUGCGUGUUCGACACGGUCAUGCAGAAGGCCAUCGGCACCAUGGAGCUCUUCCUGCCCACCAUCAUGCCCCCCGAGGAGCACGACCAAGGCUUCCGGCUGUGGUUCGAUGAAUUGAUGGAUCUUUGGUUGUCAGUGCAGAAUCAGCCGAGCUGGGAAGGGCAUUUGGUGAACCUAUUCGCUCGCCUCGCCAAUGACAACAUCGGCUAUGUGGACUGGAGCCCUUACGUCCCCACAAUCUUCACCAGGAUCCUGCGCAGUCUCAACCUCCCCGUGGGAGUCAGCCACAUGGUGGCGCUGCGCUACCUUACCAACUCCUACGACAUCGGGCACCUGGUGUUGUGGAUCACGGCCCUGCUGGGUGGACCAGGAAACCCGGCGCAGAAAGAGUUGACCUGCCUCUUUAAUAGCAUCGCUUCCUUUUAUCAUCCCUCCAAUCACGGUCGCUGGCAGUCUCGCCUCAUGCGCCUGCUCCAACGUCUGCCGGCGAGCGUGGUCCGUCGGGCGCAUCGCGAACGCCACGCCGUCCCCGGCUGGAUCACGGCGGUGCCCGAAAGUCACCGGCUGACCGACGAGGACCUGCGGGAGUUCACGUGCAGCCUCACUGGUGCCGCGCUGCUGGCCAUGUUCAGUAAGAACGGCAGUACGGAUGCUGCCUUUGCCCUACAGAACCUGGCUCUCCUCACGCCGCAACUGACCAUUCCACCUGUGCUCGAGAAGACGUACGCGGCGAUGGAGACCCUGACGGAGCCGCACACCCUGACCGCCACGCUCAGCUGCAUGAUCGGCAUGGCGCGGAGCCUGGUGGCCCCCAGCGGGCGCUACCCGGAGGGACGCGCGCACGUGCUGCCCCUGCUCAUGGGCUCGCUGCCGGGCGUGGACCCCAACGACUUCAGCAAGUGCAUGAUAACGUUCCAGUUCAUCACCACGUUUACCACGCUGGUGCCUUUGGUCGACUGUUCGUCAGCUCCCUCUCGACACGACGAUCUAUCCGAGAUGGAGAAAGAGUUGUGUUUUGCUUCAGCUGAGUUUGAAGACUUUGUCCUGCAAUUUCUGGACAGGUGCUUCGCCGUGAUAGAAAGCAGCACUCUGGAGCAGACGCGCGACGACACUGAGACGGACACUCAGACGCAGCUGGAGAGCCUGGUGGAGCUGGGCCUGUCCUCCACCGUCAGCACCGUCCUCACGCAGUGCGCCACACACAUCUACAUGGUAGCGCUGCAGAAGGUGUACAACUUUGCCACCUCCAACAUCUUUGAGACUUGUGUGUCGGGCAGGAUGGUGGCUGACAUGUGCAGAGCGGCCGCAAAGUGUCAUCCUGCUGAGUCUCUCCGACUCUUUGUCCCUCACUGCUGCAGCCUCAUUUUCCAAAUUACUGAAAAUGAGGAUCUCCAGAGUGAAGAGGAGCUUGAUAAAGAGCUGCUAUGGAACCUCCAGCUGCUGUCCGAGGUUACCCGCGUGGAUGGCGAGCAGCUGUUAAGGUACGGCGGCGAGCUGGAGCGCGUCCUGAGCACGUGCGUGCGCCUGCGCUGCAAACGGGCGUACGCGCUGGCCGCGGGCCUGCUGGAGCACACGCUGCGCUCGCUGUCGCUCAUCUACCCCACCGAGUACCGCAGCACGGCGGGGGGCUUCUGCCACGACCUCCCCGUACGAGACUGGGGUCGGCCCGGCGACAUUGCCGCUUUGGGUCUGUGCUGGCACGUGCCGAGCCCAGAGGAGGAGAACUUUGUUUUCCAGCUCUUGUCUCGCCUCCUCAAGCCUGAGCUGGAGCGAAUCGGGGGUCACGUCUCAGGAGACCAGCCAAUGAGCAGGGAGGAGCUGUUGCAGAGCCUCGCCAUCGUGCAUCACUGCCUCCUCGGGGCGGGCAGCCUGUUGCCCCCCCUGGAUGGACCUCACGUAGCGGAUCUAGUGCCCUCCAUGGUGAACUUGGGGGAGUUCAAACUGUACAUCGGCGUAGAGUACGAUAAUUCGCGCGAGAACUACCGAGAGUCCAUCUGCCGCACCAUGAGGCUGCUGCUGCAUCACAUCCUGGAGCACACAGAGGACGACACCAAGUCGCUCUUUGUCAUCAUUAAGAUCAUCAGUGACCUCCUGUUUUUCCGAGGCACGCACAAGAAGGAGUUUGACUCCCGCUGGAAGAGCUUCACGCUGGUCAAGAAGUCGAUGGAAAACCGGCUUUACGGGAAGAAGCAGCACAUUCGUGCUCUGCUCAUCGAUCGGGUCUUGCUACAGCAUGAGAUGAGGAAACUGGUGUUGGAGGGCAGGGAAUAUAAAGAAGUUCACCAGGAGCUGCUGUGUGAUCUGCUGCUGCUGUCAACCAGCACUUAUAGUCAGGUGCGUAGCAGGGCCCAGAAUGUGCUGACCACUGCGCUGGCAACGUACAGCUUCUCCUACCGGGACCUGAUUCCUCGAAUUGUGCAACUGAUCUCACCGCAACACACCACCGGCACACAGCAGCAAUUCAAGGGGGCCCUGUACUGCCUGCAGGCGGCGCACAGCGGCGUGUGCCUGGUGAGCCUGCGCGACUGGGACUGCGUGGGCGCCGUGUGGCCGGCGCUGGUCCGCUGCGGACUGUCGCCCGCCGCGUCCGUGGACGAGCACUCCGUGGCCCACCUCCUGGACGACAUCGUCGACCGGAUCCACCGGCAGCACGACACCGUCGGCAUCUUUUUCACCGUGUCCGAGAGCUGCGUGGAGAUAGCCGAGCAAAUGGCACCGUCGCAGACUUUGAGGACGCCAUCUGUUGAGGAGCUGCAGGAGGGGCUUCAACGACAGCGAAUCAGAAAUGUUGUUAAUGCGCGGAAAUAUGAGAAGCUUGUUAAUGACCUGUUGGACUGCCUUGAAGACCGAGAGCUGCCCUGGAAGUUUGAGCACACGGCCGCAGACUUGCUGUCUCUCUUGCUGAGGGACGAUCACCCGCUGCCUCCGGACGCCGUCCUCUACUUCACGCAGAGCCUCAUACACGACUCCAUCACCAUACGCAAGGUGGCAAUAUCAGCAAUGGCCGGUAUCUUGAAACAGCUCAAAAGACCACGAAAGAAAAUAGCAGUGAAGCCGUCUGACGUUAGCGGCGUGCUGGACCCGGAGGGCGUGUGGGCCGGGGACCGCCAGGCCAACCGCUGGCUGCAGUACCGCAGCGCCGAACUGCCCCUCAGCGAGAGGGCGUGGGACUCGCAGCUGCACGUGGAGAAAACCCACGUGGGCUACUACUCGUGGCCGAGAGAAAUGAUGAUUUACGCUCCUCAAAAGCUGAAAGAUGAUCUGCCGUAUGAGGAGAUGAAUGAGGCAGAAAAAAUAAUCUUUGAAUAUUUCUCCGACCCCGAGUUCAUCGAGCAGCUCAUGGAGUUCCUCUCUUUGGAGGAGCGCAAAGGAAAAGACAGCUUCAACCCACGUCGCUUCUGUCUCUUUAAGGGCCUUUUUCGCAACUACGGCGACGUCUUCCUGCCUCUGCUGUGGCCGCACUUGGAGCAGCUGGCCGCCGACCCGCACGAGAGCUCGCAGCGUUGCGUGUGCGAGAUCGCCGCCGGGCUUAUCAGAGGCAGCAAACUGUGGAGUUUCAGCAAGGUGGACAAGUUAUGGCGGGUUUUGUGCCCGCUGAUCAGGACGGCGUUGAGUAACGUCACGGUGGAAACCUACACCGACUGGGGCACCUGCGUUGCUACGGCAUGCGAGGGUCGCGACCCCCGGAAGCUCCACUGGCUGUUGGAACUGCUGAUGGAGACGCCGCUCGUCGGCGAGGGAAGCUCAUUCCGAGACGCCAGUUUGCUGUACGUGCUCCAAGGGGGUCUGGCCCAGCAGCAGUGGCGAGUGUCGGAACUCCUGCACAGGCUCCUCGCUUACCUGGAACCCAAACUCACGCAAGUGUACAAGAACGUACGCGAGCGCAUCGGCAGUGUCCUGACCUACAUCUUCAUGAUGGACGUGGCCCUGCCCCACACGCAGUCCACCUCCUCCCCUCACGUGGCCGACUUCGUCACCCGGGUGCUGGAGCGGCUCAAGCCCCUCACGUCCGAGGCGGAGAUCCACAACCACGUGCACGAGGAAAACGCCCCCGAGACCACCGACGAGCGCACCCAGGCUGUCAAGCUGCUCAAGACGGUCUUGAAAUGGCUUCUGGCGAGCGCCGGGCGGACCUUCACUACACCUGUACGCCAGCAACUUCAACUCCUGCCUCUGCUCUUCAAGAUUGCCCCGGUGGAGAUUGAUGAGAGUUAUGAUGAGAUGAAACAGGACGCUCGCACAUGCCUCUCUCUGAUGUCCCAGGGCGUGCUCUAUCCCCAACACAUCCCUCUCGUCUUGGCAGCCCUGGAAGAGAUGGCCGGCAGCAAGUCGUGGCACGCGCGCUACUCUGUGCUGACCUACCUGCAGAUUACAGUCUUCUCCAACUUAUUCACCCUGCUCAGCGUGCCCGUCGAGGUGCAGCGAGUCCGCAAGCUGGUGAUGCGUCUGCUGCUUGACGAGCAGCUUGAGGUGAGGGACAUGGCGGGCACCACCCUGAGUGGUUUGCUGCAGUGCCACUUCUUCCCUCUGGACCGCAGUCUGCAGACUCAACUGCAGACGCUGAGUCACACGUGCCUAACCAAGGCCAGAGGAGAGCUGGCUUCCACGGAUUUGGUGCGUCGCCACGCGGGAGUGCUGGGCCUGAGCGCGUGCAUCCUGUCCAGUCCUUACGACGUACCCACCUGGAUGCCGCAGAUUCUGAUGGGCCUGAGCGACCACCUCAACGACCCGCAGCCCAUCGAGAUGACGGUGAAGAAGACCCUAUCGGAGUUCCGUCGUACGCACCACGACAACUGGCAGGCGCAUCGGCAGCGCUUCACCGACGACCAGCUGCUGGUGCUCACAGACUUGCUGGUGUCGCCGUGCUACUACGCUUGAAAAAAAUGGCAAUGCUGGGAACUGUUUUGUCUGUUUGUUUGUUUGCUCGAGUGACAUUUAACUAAGGUGGGAGCGUUGCCGCUGGGAAGCUACCCGGAGAGUCAGCCUUCAUCUUCUUAACUGGAUGCGGACAAACAGUAACACUCCCUGGGAAAACUGGUUUGGGUUUAUCUUUUAAAAGUGCCGUAAUUUCUCGUGUAUAAUGCACAUUUUUCCCCCCAAAAAAUUGUCAAAGGUCAAUAGUGCGCAUUAUACAUAGGUAUAGCGUAAAAUGGGGGGGGGGGGGGGGGACUUUCACAUUUUCUAAGCGUAUGCCGCCAUCUAGAGGUUAUGAAAAAGCUGUACACUUUCAUUCCAAUAUGCCACCCCCACCAAGAGGUUAUGAGAAAGGUGUAGCCUACACUUUCAUUCCAAUAUGACAGGGGUACGGAUGACUGCAUAUAAUAAGUUUACAUACCCUGGCAGAAUUUGUGAAAUAUUGUUUUUAAAUACAACUGAUAACUGAACAACCAUCAUCAAUUUCUUUAAGGUUUGUUUGUUUAACGAUAAUGCUUUUCUGAAAUGCUUGACAGUUUCAUUUGAAUCACAUUAAAAUAAAAUUAAAUGUUUUA